AUGGUGAACAUGAAUAAUCGUGGUAUAGAAGUGAUCAUUGUUGAAAAUGAGAUAGACAAAAUCUCUAAUUUGCCCAUGGAUAUCCUUGAUGAAAUAUUCAAGGAUAUGUCAUUUCAAGAAUUGGUAAAAACAUGUGUUUUGUCCAAGAAGUGGGAACAUUUUUGGACUAUGCAUCCAAUACUAGUUCUAGAUUGGGAGUUCUUUGAAGAGAAAAGUGGUACUAUAGGAUUGAUUGAAAAUGGUUUUAGCAAUAUGAUUGACAACAUUCUCUUACAGCAUGUUGGAUCCCUAGUCAAAUUUUUCCGUGAUUUGUCAACUAUUGAUUCUCAUAGGAUCCAGUUCUUGACUGUUCAUGAUAGUUAUGACAUUCACAUUAGUUUUUUUGAUAACUUGUCAAAUGUUAAGGAGUUGUUCAUGGUUGUCAAUACCUUUAGUGCAGGAAACAUAGAUGAAAUUAUAUAUUAUUUGGAAGAUCCAAAUUGUGUUGACAAACAAUUUGAGAAGCUUGAAUUUGUGGAGCUAAGAGAGUUUGAGGUGACACAAUUUGAACUCCUUUUCUUAAAGCUCAUAUUGGCAUAUUCCCCUUCACUUUCAAGGAUGAUUGUUGAACCUUCUGAUGAAGUUGAUGUAGCUGAGGUAUUGAGUUUGUAUGAAGAAUUGAGGAUGUCCUUAAAAGCAUCACCAAUAGCAAAAGUCAUCGUAGCACCUCAUGGUCAAGAUGUGUAA